CACACCUAAAUGUAUUCUAGAACAAACAACUAUACAAGUAAAAUCUCGAGAAAAGGGAAGUAGUGGGACUAGCAUAAAUUGUAAAGUUUUGAACAUCAAAAGAACAUAUCAAUUGCGAUUUAACAAGAGAAAUGUUUCUUUAAAUCUGAGUCUCUCUCUAAAUGUUUGAAUGUUAAACUGGAGCUUGAGAGUCUCUCUCUAAAUCUUCGGAUCUCCCUAGGGCUCGACCGCUAGGGUUCUUUUUCCGAUAUCGUUUCUUUAACGAAGAUCGGUAGCUUCAAAGCCGAGAAGAAGGUGCAGGCAGAGCGAGUUCAGGAGCAGCAGAGGUUGGUUCGGGCGUUAGGUAGGAGCAGAGGGUUCGAUCGAAGAAUCUUGCUGUAUGGAAGAUAUAGUCAACUCGUACAAGAAGAUGUCAAUGGAGGAACAUGAGAACGAGCUUAAUUUUGAUGAGGAAGCGAAGGAGGGCGGCAAGGAGGAGAUAGAACCAAAGGGCUUUCCGGUGGUUGGAGUAGUCGUCACCGACCGCAAGAUCAAAUUACCGGCCUUCCAAGAAUCGAUGACUUUAAUUGGGAGGCCAGGGAAAGGUAUGUCUAUCAAGAGAUCAUCGAAAGAAGGUAUCUACUAAACUUUAAUCAUGUUUUGGAUAUGAAUCGUGUGAUUGAGGAUGGCCCUUGGCUUUUUGAGCAUGAUUUAAUACUGCUGAAAGCUGUUCAGCCAGAUGACAUACUUGAAUCGAUGAAUUUAUUUGAGGCUAGCUUUUGGGUACAAGUUCAUAAUGCCCCUAUAAAGUUUAGAAAUUUGAGAUCUGCUAGAAAAAUUGGUAAUUUUGUAGGCUCCUUUAUUAAGUUUGAGAUGAACCAGUUUGGUGGAAAGCAAAGUUCUUAUCUACGUAUAAGGGUGUGUCUGGAUGUUCGUCAGCCUUUGAAAAGCGGUACCACUCUCACAAAAGAUGGAGUGAAGCAUUGGGUGGAUUUUAAGUAUGAAAAACUACCCAGCUUUUGUUUUAUGUGUGGUAUAAUCAGACAUUCAGAUAAAUUCUGUCCAUUGAAGUAUGAAGAGGGUUUUGUAGUUGUGAAAACUUAUGGGGUGGGACUUAGAGUAGGAGGAGGAAGGGUGAAGACAAGCCCUACAGGACCUAACAAGUGGUUAUCUAGUGAGGCUUCUAGCUCAGUUGGAUAUGGAAUUCAGCGGAAGUCUGAUCUUGGGGGAGAUUUUUCGGCUGAACCCAAGACCAGUAUGCCAUAACAGAACGAGACAGAGGACAAAGAAGAAAUUCGUGGAGACACAAAGCGCAAAAGAAUUUGGGAUAAUCAGGCUAACAGAGACUCGGCUGGUGAAGAAAUGGCUCUGGAUGGGCCAAAAAAUGGGGAGGCGGCGGGUCAAUUUUCUUAGACCCGCCGAGUUUUCGGAUAAUGGUGAUGAAGAAGAAGCCAAGUGAUGGUGUUAUCUUUAUUGUUUACUUUCUUUGCUUUUAUUUUGGUUGCUUUUUUUCCUGGAUGUUUUGUUCUGUUUUUUUGCUCUAACUUUAUGACCUCUAAGAAUCUUGCAUUAAGUUUGGGGGAUAAAAGGUGUGUGUAAUCGUCAUUGGCUUUUAAGUUGCCCAAUUUUGGUUUAGCGAGUUAUACUGCUUUUUUACAGGUGGUUAACUCUCAGUCUCGGCCAUGGGUGGAUGAUUACGGGUGAUUCUUUUAUGCUUUUGUACCCUUACUGAAUGCUAUUUCUAUGAAUUAAGCCCUGUUCGAGCACAAAAAACUUUUUUUAUUUAUAAUCUGAUUUUUACAAGUAUUGUAUCAAUAUUCAUAACUUUUUAUCA